AUGAAUCGGAAGUUACUGAAAAAAUAAUGGCAAUGUUUAUUUAAUGACCCGUGCGAGAAAUCCCCCUAUUUGUAGCUUCAGCAGUGUUGUUGUCAUUAUUCAUGACGAGUGCAAAAUUAAGACAUAUAACAGUUUGGAUUGUAGCAUAUUCCUCUGCGAUUUUAACAUAUGAUGUAUAGCAUAACGGAGUAUAUUUUGUUCACAUCGUCGCUAUGGCUUAGUCUAAUUAAUAUUUGGGGUUGGCCUAUAUGAUCUGUAGCGCCAAUGUGAAUUCGAGUGUUUGUGUAGGCUGCAUUUAAUUGGGCUAUCUCCUUUAUGGAAAAAGCCGUUUAAGGUGUUUUCAAAGCAUACAGACUAUAAUAUAAUGUAGACUACUUGCGUUUAUCAUUUUUCUGUCUUACAGUCAUAGAGAGACAACGCGCAUGGAAUGAAAGGUGGUAGCUUAAUGGUAGAAACCAUUUAAAUCGCCGAAGAUACUUUCUCUUGUAAUGCAGCUUGCUGGGUGGAACGUGACGGCAAACAGCACAAAGAGUAGCGGUGUUCUCUCUACCAUUCAGACCUCUUUUAAAUUCUGAGACACCGCUCUCCCAGGAAGGAAUGGUGGGGUGGGGGUGAUCAGGGUUUGUAGCCUGGUCUAGCCUUACUCCGGAAAUCACUGUUGUGGUCUACACGUCGUGUGUGUCUCUUUCACAGACCGGGGGAGACAUGGAAGCAAUAUGGCUGUACCAGUUUCGAUUGAUUGUCAUCGGCGACUCGACAGUGGGAAAGUCAUGCUUGAUUCGGCGAUUCACGGAGGGACGCUUCGCCCAGGUGUCUGAUCCCACAGUAGGGGUGGAUUUCUUUUCACGCCUGGUGGAGAUAGAGCCAGGGAAACGCAUCAAACUUCAGAUUUGGGACACAGCUGGACAGGAGAGAUUCAGGUCCAUCACCAGGGCCUACUACCGUAACUCCGUCGGAGGCCUGCUGCUGUUCGACAUCACCAACCGCCGCUCCUUCCAGAACGUUCACGAGUGGCUGGAGGAGGCGCGCAGCCACGUGCAGCCACACAGCAUCGUCUUCCUGCUGGUGGGCCACAAGUGCGACCUGGAGGCCCAGCGGCAGGUGAGCCGGCAGGAGGCGGAGAAGCUGGCAGGGGCCUACGGCCUGCGCUACGUGGAGACCUCGGCCCGCGACGCCAUCAACGUGGAGAAGGCCUUCACGGACCUGACGCGGGACAUCUUCGAGCUGGUCAAGCGCGGGGACAUCACCAUCCAGGAGGGCUGGGAGGGGGUGAAGAGCGGAUUCGUGCCUAACGUGGUGCACUCCUCCGAGGAGGUCACCAAGAGCGACCGCCGGUGCCUCUGCUGAUCGGUGCCCAAAAUCACAGCCCCGCCCUGCCACCUCUCUUUCCACACCUACCGCCAACCCUGCCCUGUUAGCCCCCCUGCUCAAUUCCAUCACCUCGCACCCUGAAUUCUGCCCACUACAUCGACUUUAACCCAAUCUUUGUUCUCCUCUGCUGGCCACCCCACCCCUCCAAUCUGCCGCUGUCCAGUCUGUUUGGGCAUUUUUCCCCCCUCUAUUCAAAGAACAUUGGUAAUUCUGAACCCUCACCGCCAUUUUCUUCUUUCCCUUGCCUCCUUUCACCCAAUAAGGUGUGGUCUGCCCUGAGACAGUACAAAACGUAGACCUGAACAAUGUGACUGGAGUCAGAGAGGGGGCAGUUCUGCUGCUGGGCAUUUUUGGACAGAGCCCCCGGUCUGGGUCCAUGGGGGGAGGGGGGGUGCGCCACAUGGACAUUGGCGCUGAUCAUAAACCUGCAGGGCCACCUCCUCUCUCCUUGGUGUUGGGGGGGUCUUCCGGGGCUGAGACUGGGCUAAGUGCCUCACAGUCUGGGUGAAAACACUGACCCCCGAUUAUCUGGCAUUAACAGCGUCCCAUCAACAGAACCAUGGAAGUACUAGCGGGACAGAGCAAUGGAAGAAUGCAAUGUGAAACGGUAUACCUUCCAGAAUUCCAUGGGGCACCUUCAAUAUUGCACACUCAAAACACUUUUGCCACCUAUCCAAGGCAGAGAGAACAACACGCAGAUAUUCAUGCACAUUAUUUUCAGUGGAAACGUACAACCCGACCUCAAACAAUACAAUUUGACAAUAACUUUAUGGGAUUGGUGCAUGAAUACAAAAUAUCAAGUAUGUUACCGUGUUGCUACAAUUCAUUCAAAUAGUUGUCCAAAAUCUCACACCUUAAGCAUAUUACAUAGGUUGAAUUAAAUGAGUGAAUUACUUUUAACAACACAAUUUUGGGUAUAUAUCAUGUUUUCCUCUAGCUCUUUUGGAGAUGCAGUUUAUCACAGAUAAUUUGCAGUGAAGAACGUAAACUAUUAUGGGGUAAAUAAUAGUAUGUGGCUUUCUUAAACAUGUGAUUUUGCUUAAGGCACAGAGUGUCCAAACUGAGGAUGUGUCUUUAGGGACCGUCAUUGCAGGUGGCAGUGGGUCCCUUCAAUGUGUCAGCAACUCAUUCAUCACUAACAGAACCGAACAACUAAAAAAGGCACUAUUAAAUAGCAUUGAAUUGUUCCACUGGACUUUUUUCUCUUUUUUUACUGAAACUAUACUGGACUACAUUUAAUUCCUGCACUUAGCUUUCAUUCUUUUGAUCUUCCCCCACAGACUUUAGAUCCGAUCCCACAAUAAUGUGACAUCUUCAGAUUUUUAAAUUCAGUGGUGAAUGCUGGUCUGCCGUUACAUUUGAAGUGUCCCUUUUUUAUAAACACUAAUUACUGACAGACAGAAAAUCCUUUAUUGCUCAACCCUGCCAUGUCCUGUUUCUUCCAUCGUGACAUGCCUCUCCAGUGUACACUCACUGUCUGUCUGACGCACAGCAGGUGUGACUCUACAGCAGGUACAGCCCACAGUCAUUCUGGUCUCUUAACGGUGCUGAUCCCCAACACUUCCUCCCACGCACCGGUCUCUCUUACGUGCACCAGAGCUCGUCAGUUCUAUCCCGCGUGAGGCCUUUCGAAGACUCGUACCAGCCUGGAUUCCAAACGCUCCAGCUAAUUUCACACUGCUGUGAGGGCUGGGAGAAGCAGUGACCGCAUGCAGGCCGAAUGGGAGCGAUCCAGCUGACAGGGUGGGCCGUACGCAGGCUAGCUGUAGAUAUCCUGAGACUACAGGCUGUCUGUACAAGUACCUUUGGUGUGCAUAUGUUCAGUCUGCAGCAGCGUGUCACUCGCUACCAUUGGCAUUCACGCUAAUCUGCCCUCCCCUGACUUUCAGCAUGACCUCCACUUUUACAUGGAGACAGGAAACCCAUCCACUGUAACACGUGUCAACACAACUGCUUUGCCUUUCCAAAGAUAACGGCAAAUUCACUACCUGCAUCAAUAGCAGCUGUCGAAUGGAUUGGGUCACAGGUUAGAUUCAUGCUUGAGGUGUCAGAUUCAGGAAAGAGAAAUUAUAAAUGGUUAAUGCUUGGGGGUUAAACAAUAAACAUUUAUCUUUGCUUUUCUUGAGUGGUUAGGCUUAGUAACAUCCAUGUACUCACACCAGGGAAGCAAGACAGCUGGCCAUAUCUGUCUGAAUCAGGCAGUAACCCACUACAGUUGAAUCAUCCUUGUGUUUCAACCUGCUCAUCAACACUGUAGACCACUGGACUCACAUAAGCAUCGGAGCAGUGACAUACUAAAUCAAUGGACCACUAUGAGGCAAAAUUAGGGACUCUAUGGCAGGUCCCUACUUAAGAUCACCUGAAAAAUGACCAAGGCAGAAGGAGUGCCCUUACUUGAACAAAAAAUGGCUGUUUGUGUUCUUCCUUCCAAACCCAGCCUCACUGAGAUCGACCAAUGAGAACCCACCCCAUUGUACAACACUGGCUAAGCAUCUUUUGUUUUCCACAGUGGUAAAGGAAAUGUUAAACAAAAAAUCAAAGAACAUUCAAAAAAACAUUGGCUUCUCUUACUAUUCCACAUGCUCUGUGUUUCUCUCUGCCAGUUUUCUUCAACAUGUAGGUGCUGGACUGAAAUUUUCCAAAUCCGAGCUGUAUGAUGUCAUGUAGCCAUUUUAAAAUGGGUAUGGAUCUCUCUUGUCUAGCAAAAGCUGAAUUGUACUAAAGAUAAUGAAAUGUGACUUGUAAUUUUUUUCUUCCUCGUUAAAACUAAAACAAUGUACUGAAUAUUUAUUAAGUUCUUAUAGUCAUGACUUUUUUUUAAUCUCCCAAAAUAGCAGGUGUCCCAAAUUUUUAGUCAAAGGAAUUUUAAUGUGCUGACAAAGUACGGAGGUAUUCAAAAUAACAUGCUAAGACAGAAUUGAUAUGGAUGCUGCAGCAUUCUCGUUCCAAUCUGAACUUAACUGAAACAGUUGGUCUAUGCAAAAAUUCAAGUUUGCCGUUUGAAAUGUAUUUUCACAUGUGGAAGACCACAGGUUUACUACGAACUGGUAUGAAAAUGCAAAUUUUCAAUAGCCUGCUAGACUUGCCCUGGCAGUUCUUACUCUCACACUCCAUGUAUUCAAAUAAAAUAAACUACUACAAA